AGCAAUGGGAGGCUGUGGGUACAGAAGUUUAUUUUUAUUCUGCUCUCUGAUUUUAAGUCUCUUUGAAGAUUCUAUGCAAGGCCCUCAUGAGAAGCGUUUGCUGAAUGACCUGCUGACCGGCUAUAAUGUGCUGGAGAGGCCGGUGGCCAAUGAAUCGGAACCCCUUCUUCUCAGUUUCGGUCUCACCUUGCAGCAAAUCAUAGAUGUGGAGGAGAAGAGCCAGAUCAUAACAACGAACGUCUGGCUAAAUCUGCAGUGGGUGGAUGUCAACUUACGGUGGAAUGCGAGCGAUUACGGAGGAGUAGCGGACCUCCGGAUUCCUCCCUGGAGAAUUUGGAAGCCCGAUGUCCUGAUGUAUAACAGCGCAGACGAGAAGUUCGACGGCACUUACCACACGAACGUGGUGGUGAGGAAUAAUGGUAGCUGCACCUACAUUCCCCCUGGCAUCUUCAAAAGCACCUGUAAGAUCGACAUCACUUGGUUCCCCUUCGACGAUCAGCGCUGCAAGAUGAAGUUCGGUUCCUGGACCUACGACGGCAACCAGAUCGACCUGCAGCUGUCUUCCAUGAAAGGGGGCGACCUGUCCACCUACAUCACUAACGGAGAGUGGGAGCUGAUUGAGAUGCCAGGCACCCGCAACGAGAUCGUGUACGCUUGCUGCCCCGAACCUUAUGUGGACAUCACGUUCUGCAUCCACAUCCGACGUAGAACCCUCUACUACGGUUUCAACCUCAUCAUCCCCUGCGUUCUCAUCUCAUCCAUGGCAUUGCUAGGUUUUACUCUACCACCUGACUCCGGAGAGAAACUCACACUUGGAGUGACUAUCCUGUUAUCUCUAACUGUGUUCCUCCUCUUGGUAGCCGAAACUAUGCCACCGACAUCGGACGCUGUUCCUCUUAUUGGUACUUAUUUUGCUUGCAUUAUGGUCAUGGUUGCCUUUUCAGUGGUCAUGACAGUCGUCGUCCUCAACUAUCACCACAGAAGCUCAGAUACUCAUGAGAUGCCGGAUUGUGUCCGUUCCCUGUUCCUCAUCUGGCUUCCGUGGAUUCUGAGAAUGCAUCCCCCUCCUACAAAACUUAAACGGAAGGCCAUCUUCGGUUCCAAAAAGGAACUGGAGAUCGUCCGCCAGAGGUCCUCUAGGAGCUUACUGGCCAACGUCAUGGACAUCGACGACUCAGAGGAUCAGGCGACGCCAGCCACUGUCCGAGGAUGCUUUGACAGGGAGCUGACAGCUAUACUGAGGGAACUGCGUUACAUUACGUGUCGCAUGAAGCGCGAAGACAGGGUUAACGAUAUCAUCGCUGAGUGGAAGUACGCAGCUGUCGUCGUCGACAGAGUCUGCCUCAUCCUCUUUUCAGCUUUCACGGUGCUGUCCACCUGCAUAUGCCUCUUUUCCGCCCCGCAUCUGGUGGCCUGA